GACUUGCACAGCUUCGUAGAGCUGCAAUCCAAAGCGAUUGGAAGGGGAGACCACUCUCGCAAGUAGUGCACUCGGUGCGUGGUCUCCCCUUCCAGCCGCUUAGGAUAGCGGCUCUGUGAAGCUGUCCAAGCAACGAAGGCCUUGAGAAAAGUCUAAUAUCCUUCAGUGUCAAACCAUGGGCAUACAAACUUAUUAUAACAACUCUCUUCAAGCAACUUACGUGGCUCAGCUGAUGAUUUGAAGCAUUGUACUUCCUCAUAGCCAUGUUGAUUGAGUGGGUGUGUGCAUGGAGAUAGCUCCGUGGUGUGUGUGUGUCACAGCAUGGUGGUUGUAAAUAAACCACCGUGGUCGCGCAGGCACAGAUAAAAGGUCUUUCAACUUCAAAAAUAUUCAGGCUUUCAUGUUCUAUGAACCGUGGGAUCGUGCAGGUCAUAGAACUGUAGGUAAAGAUUACAACACCAUUUUCAUGCAAGCUCUAAUGCAUGGCUCUCAUGAAAAUAUCUGGUUGAAUAUCCAUACUGUUUGCACUGACUCAAAAGUGUUUCAGUUUCACAAGGAUCCAAUGGCUGCCGAUUCGGAAAACAACAACUUGCUGAAGAGCAAGGAUGGCGGUAUCAAGGGAAUCAGUACAAAGAACCUGGUUGUUAUAACGCCCUGUGUUGUGGCAGUUUUAUUCGCUGCUUGGAAUCCCCUGAUGUGGCUGCUUCAACAGUUUCUACUCGUCAGUGGCAACUUCUGGACCAGCUUGUACGCAAUCAUCUACAACUUGUUUGGCGGCAACGAAUUCAUGAUGGCAUCGAUAGGGACAUUUCUGACGUCAUCAUUGGUUUAUUGGUUGCUUGUUUCCUGUAUAACAUUCGUUGACGCAACUGGGAGGCCAUACUGGAUUCGGAAAUACAAGAUACAACAGGACAGACACAUACCCGUAGAUCCAGUUAUUCUGAGACGCGCCUGCUAUGGUACACUAUACAACAUGACUGUAGUCGGGGUACCAUACAGCCUAGUGUUGGGAUGGCUGUUACAACUACGUGGAUGUAGUACAUCGCUAACGUUACCCGCUUUCCAUUGGGUGUGUCUAGAGAUGUUGGCAUCGCUAGCUGCUCAAGAGGUUGGGUUCUACUAUUCGCAUCGUUUACUGCACCACGGAUGGUUUUACAAGAACGUCCAUAAACGGCACCACGAGUACACGUCCCCGUUUGCAGUGUCCAACUUUGACGUCCAUCCCUUCGAGCACGUGGUUGGUAACCUGACUCCAAUGGUCGCUGGGCCACUCAUUGUGGGAUCCCACAUCAUGACGCUGUGGGUGUGGUUUGCACUGGGGAUGUUUUCUAGCCUUCUAGCUCAUAGUGGUUAUCAUCUACCGUUCAUGCCGUCCAAUGAAGCGCAUGAUUUUCACCAUCUCAAGUUUGUCAACAAUUUCGGAGCAUUGGGGAUUCUAGACCGCCUCCACGGGACUGACACUCUGUUUCGACAGUCUCAACAGUUUAAAAACCACGGCGUCUUUACAUCGUUCGCGCCAAAACGUGAAAUGACGAAAACACCAGGUGGCAAGUAAAUGGACAUGACAACUGAACGAAGAA